AUGGAGGUUUCGGUGAUUGGAAACUCUCAAGCGAAGCUGGGAGCUUCUGAUUUGCCAUAUAGGGAAGUGGGCCUUUGUAGUUUGAAGAAUUUCAGGGUCUUGAACAAUAGAGUUAGUUUUGCUCAGAACAUACGGUGGAAGAAGGCUGGGAUAAACUUCACUUUGAGGGCUCUUCAGACUGAACCCGUUAGAGAGGAGAACAAGCGUUCUGGGCCUAGAGCAAUAUCCACAACGGUAGAUGGUGUUAGAUUAUUCGUGGGGCUGCCCCUAGAUGCAGUUUCUUAUGAUUGCAAUUCAAUAAAUCAUGCUAGAGCAAUUGCAGCUGGGCUAAAAGCUUUGAAGCUCUUAGGAGUUGAAGGUGUUGAACUCCCUAUUUGGUGGGGAAUUGUGGAGAAAGAGGCCAUGGGAGAGUAUGACUGGUCAGGCUAUCUUGCUAUUGCUGAGAUGGUCCAGAAAGUGGGUCUCAAGCUCCAUGUGUCUCUUUGCUUUCAUGGGUCUAAAAAACCAAAUAUCCCCCUACCUAAUUGGGUAUCCCAGAUUGGUGAAUCUCAACCCAAUAUUUUCUUCACAGAUAAGUCAGGACAGCAUUAUAAAGAAUGCCUGUCCCUGGCAGUUGAUAAUCUUCCUGUUCUUGAUGGAAGGACACCAGUCCAAGUGUACCAGAGUUUCUGUGAGAGCUUCAAGUCUUCAUUCUCUCCAUUCAUGGGCUCUACGAUUACGAGCAUUUCCAUGGGUUUAGGACCAGAUGGCGAGUUACGUUAUCCUUCUCACCAUAAGUUACCUAGUAAGUCUCAAGGAGCUGGGGAGUUCCAGUGUUAUGACCAAAACAUGCUUAGCUUUCUCAAGCAACAUGCUGAAGCAUCAGGCAAUCCUUUGUGGGGGCUUGGUGGUCCACAUGAUGCACCUACCUAUGACCAGUCCCCAAACUUCAAUGGCUUCUUCAGUGAUGGGGCUUCUUGGGAGUCCACAUACGGGGACUUCUUCCUAUCCUGGUAUUCCAAUCAGCUCAUAAAUCAUGGAGAUUGCCUCCUUUCAUUGGCAUCUUCUACUUUUGGUGACUCUGGAGUGACAAUAUAUGGGAAAAUCCCACUUAUGCACUCUUGGUACGGAACUCGGUCUCAUCCUUCAGAGCUAACCGCAGGGUUCUAUAACACGGCUAACAGGGAUGGCUAUGAACCAGUUGCACAGAUGUUUGCUAAGAACUCAUGCAAAAUGAUAUUACCGGGCAUGGACCUUUCUGAUGCGAAACAACCUAAGGAAAACCAUUCUAGCCCUGAGUUGCUACUUGCUCAAAUCAUGACAGCAUGCAGAAAUCAUGAGGUGAAGGUUUCAGGUCAAAAUUCUUCCGAGUCUGGUGUCCCAGGGGGGUUUGAACAAAUUAAGAAGUAUCUAUCUGGAGAUAAUGUAUUGGACUUGUUCACAUAUCAUAGAAUGGGAGCAUCUUUCUUUGCUCCAGAGCAUUUUCCUUUGUUCACUGAGUUUGUCCGGAGCCUUAAGCAACCAGAACUGCAUUCCGAUGAUCUGCCUACAGAGGAGGAGGAAGGUGCUGAAUCCGUGGUUUUGAGCCAUGAAUCAAGUGUGAGCAUGCAAGCAGCCUAA